UUCCCCCGCCUCCAUUUUGUUCGCGGACGCUGAGGACGGUGGGAGCAGAUCCAUUUCCGGGUUGGCAAAAGGGGCGGCGGCGGCGAGAAAGGGAGCUUGCUGGGGGGCGAGCAGGACGGGACGACGGUGGAGCGGAUUUGGCGGAGGAUUCGCUCCCGGAGCCGCUGCGGCCAGGUAUAUGAGUGACCUAAAGCUGCAAAUUAAAACGGAGAGAGAGCAGUGCCAACUGCGAGCAGGGCAAGGAUGCCAAUUCCUCCUCCCCCUCCACCCCUGCCUGGUCCUCCUCCACCUCCCACUUUUAACCAGGCAAACACAGAGCUGCCCAAGCUGAGUAGAGAAGAGCAGCGGGGUCGAGGUGCCCUCUUACAGGACAUCUGCAAAGGGACCAAGCUGAAGAAGGUGACCAACAUUAAUGAUCGGAGUGCUCCCAUCCUUGAGAAACCUAAAGGAAGCAGUGGUGGUUAUGGCUCUGGAGCAGCUGCCCUACAGCCCAAGGGAGGUCUCUUCCAAGGAGGGGUGCCAAAGCUCCGACCUGUGGGAGCCAAGGAUGUUUCAGUGCUGUCUCGUGUAUUUGUAGAGAACCUAGCUGGUAAGCCAGCUCUACAAGUCCCCAGUUCCCGAGCUGCUGCUCCAAGGCCUCCAGUGUCUACAGCCAGCGGGCGCCCUCAAGAUGAUACCGACAACAGCCGAGCCUCCCUCCCAGAACUGCCCCGGAAGCAGAGACCGUCGUUACCGGACCUCUCCCGGCCUAAUACCACCAGCAGUACGGGCAUGAAGCACAGCUCCUCUGCCCCUCCUCCGCCACUCCCAGGGCGGCGUGCCAAUGCACCCUCUACACCUCUGCCUAUGCACAGCAACAAAGCCCCAGCCUACAACAGAGAGAAACCCUUGCCGCCCACACCUGGACAAAGGCUUCACUCUGGUCGAGAGGGACCUCCUGCUCCACCCCCAGCCAAACCACCUCCUUCCCCUGUGAAUGUUAGAACGGGACCAAGUGGCCAGUCUCUGGCCCCUCCUCCUCCGCCUUACCGCCAGCCUCCUGGGGUCCCCAAUGGACCCUCCAGUCCCACUAAUGAGUCAGCCCCUGAGCUGCCACAGAGACACAAUUCUUUGCAUAGGAAGACACCGGGGCCUGUCAGAGGCCUAGCGCCUCCUCCACCCACCUCAGCCUCCCCCUCUUUACAGAGUAAUAGGCCUCCUCCCCCAGCCCGAGACCCUCCCAGUCGGGGAGCAGCUCCUCCACCCCCGCCACCCAUGAUCCGAAAUGGUGCCAGGGAUGCUCCCCCUCCCCCACCACCAUACCGAAUGCAUGGGUCAGAACCCCCGAGCCGAGGAAAGCCCCCACCUCCGCCCUCCAGGACGCCAGCUGGGCCACCCCCUCCUCCUCCACCACCCCUGAGGAAUGGCCACAGAGAUUCAAUUACCACUGUCCGAUCUUUCUUGGAUGACUUUGAGUCAAAGUAUUCUUUCCACCCAGUAGAAGACUUUCCUGCUCCAGAAGAAUAUAAACACUUUCAGAGAAUAUAUCCCAGCAAAACAAACCGAGCUGCCCGUGGAGCCCCGCCUCUGCCACCCAUUCUCAGGUGAAGCCUGGCUUGGUCCUGUUCCUCAGGAAAAGGAUGGACCCUCUCCUCUUCUCAGAUGGUCCCUUCCAUUCCCCUGAAACCUGCAUGAGAGCUCCUAACAUGUUUCUCCAGUGCAGCCAACCUGUAGACUCCAAGCGUCCUCCCUGCUCACCUCCAUCUAUGCAUCUUGUCUCUGGACUUGGUGAUCAGACUCUUUAUAUUGACAGUGGGGUCUCAAACCCUGCAUCCAUGCAUCCUCUAGCAAGCCUUGCUAGCCAGAUGAGGAAAAAGCUUCCAUGUCUCCCUCUUUCCUCUUGGGGAAAGGUGCCUUGUUGUGAUGAAUUAACUCACUGGGGCAGGAUGGAGAAUGCUACUCCUGCCUCCUCCUACCACUGUGGGGGGAACUUGGUGGGUAUAUAUUAGAUUUCAUCAUUUGGGAGGUUGGAGGCUGGCAUGGCCAGGACUUCUGGGGAGUGGGCAUUUUUAGUGAAACAGGAAGGGAGUUUGCAGAGAAGUGAUCUGUUUUAAAGGUCAAGUUUGGAGAAAGGGCAAGGAAAUGGGUCUGCUUUAUUUUUAGGGGUAUUUUGGUUUUGCUCUUGCCCCAUGGCUCCCCCCCGUAGAGAUAAGUUGGAUAUAAACACUAAAUACUAAUCAGUUGAACUAAACAUCUAAUAAAAAGAGAGGAUGAAAUAAACUGGGGAUCCUUUUAGAGCUAGUCAGUUCCUCUGAAGCAAAGGGACCAGGAGCCAUUUGAGUCCUCUGGGCCUCCCUACCCCAUUUCCUCAGGGCGCUGAGACUGAGGGAUGUUUUUCCUCCGCCCCUUCACUCCCCAAGAGAAAAGUCAUUUUCAUUCAUUCAUUCCAGAUUCACAAAUCCCAAAAACCUCCGGUGGGAGAUAGGAAGACAGGGCCUUGGCCUUAACCUUAACCUUGAGUCUGCCUCAGUCUUUUCUGACUGGCCCUGAAGGCCACUGGCCCUUUCAGUCCUGUCCAGAAACUUCAGCCCCUGGUGGGUGCUCCAGAAUGACAAAGAAGGGAACAGUGAAGCACCUUGUGGAAGGGACCAGCUCUGUGGGCUACGAAAGACUUUAACUAAGGCCUACUCGUUCCGAAGUUCACAGCCCAUCUGACUGAGCAGGAUCUUCCUGUUCGUUUCUCCACCACCCUUGCCUUCCCAAGACUGCAGGGGUUAACACAGCAGAGUAGACAAGGGUGAGGAAGUCUAUGGGGGUAGUCAAAGAUUCCUCGGUGCCAAGAAGCACAAAGACUUGGGUGAGGUGUGCCUAGUCCAGUUGAUCUUCCUUGGCAGCCAGCAAUAUGUUGUUUCUUCUUCUUCUAAGUCCUAGGUAAAGAGCACAGAGAAAAUGAGGGUUCCCUAAGUAGGAACUGAGCUUGGAUGAUGGGACAGGGACUUCUCCAACAGCAGGACGGGCCUCCUGGGCUCCACACACCAGAUGGUUUAGUUUGCGACUGCUCUUGCCAAGUGUAGAGACUGCUCAAAGCUUGCAGUCAGAGCAGGGAGGCUGUGGCUCUUCCUUCAAAUGGAUAGGGAGAAUCAGUUAAAAAACUUCACCAGAUGCAUCAUAGGCUCAAAGCCCCUUAGGGGCCUUUCCGAUUUAUUGGAUCACAGACUAAGGAUCUGUGCAUGGUGCCCAGUGAAACCGAAGUCUUUCCAAUGCUAGAUGAGAGAGGGUUCAACCUGGGUUAUUUGUAUGAGGGCUGCUAUCCUUUGCCAUCCCUGGACCACAUUGACUCUCGGGGCAAACCAUGAUUAGGUCUGUCACCAAACUUUUUCUAAUCAUUCUUUUUUUAUCAUUCUUAUUUUCAAAUCUGUUAGCAGUUAUCUUCCAGCAGUAUCCCCAGCAUCCUGAAGCCAGUAGAGCUGUGAGAGGGGAUGCUGGUGGAGGGAAAAGGAGAGAGUACAGAGUUGAUACUGCAGCAGAGUUCCAGGGUAGAUACUGACCACUUAUUGAACUUGGACUGUGAAAUCUUCCUAUUUAUUUUUUAAAUGGGAAUUGAUGCCUUUGUACAAUGUUAUCAAAGUAUAUCUUUUUCACCCCUUUCCUCAAACACAGAGCGUCAAAAUAAGUAUCACAAGAAAAAGCCAAACCCCAGCUUUUCACUGGGGCCGUCUUCCUUCCCUGUGACCUGCUGCCCCUCAUAUUCCACUACAUUUGGACUGUGUCGUGUGGGUAUUGAUUGUAUUUUCAUAUUCUUGGCCUCAUGAAAAAAGGCCUCUGCCUAGAUCUAGUCGGCUGGAUUUUCUUCAGAACAUGUUGAUGACAUAGUACCUAUUUAAAUGUCUUUGCCUUAUACGUUAUUUGAUCUCUCUGUUAAUAACAGAUUUAUUGUCAUGUAUAUUUACUAUUGAAGAAUGGGAAUGUGAUCCUCAUAGUUAUUAAUCUAUUUUGUAUGUUGUAAAAAGCUUGUAAUAUAGGUUUAAGGUGGGCUGGCUGCAAGAGCACUAAAACUUCUCACCUUUUAAACUGCUCUUUUUAUCUGCUUGUGGGAAUAUUGUCUCUUCAGUGGAACGUUGGGUGGUCUCAUGUUGAGGCUGUUGCCCAGUCCCAUUAACCCCCUUAUCCUCUCCCAGAAGGAAGAGACAUUGCCCAACUAAGCAUCAGGAAGCCGUGUUAAAAGCCCUUGUGUGGGUUUGGUUUUAUGAUGUUUUUCGCUAGUGGGAAAAACUAAAUUCUUGCUUACUGCCCUUUCUGGGAAGCAGGGCAGUGGCCUCCAGGUUUUCAAGUGAGCUAGCUGCUCCUUUUCCCCCUCUUCUCUGGUCACCAAACGUGGAUCAAAGCACUUUGAUAUUCCAGGUGUGAUUUUCUCUGUUGUGGAGAUUUCCUCCAGCUGCAGAGCCCCAUCGUUUUCACAGCCUGGGCCCGCAGAAUGAGCGCACUUAGGGCUACCCCACCCAAUGGAUGUGAGGCUGCUGUCUCCAGAAACUCACCCCAGCCCUCCCAACUAGCAAAGGCAAGGAGACUAGCCACUGGCCAUUGCACUGGGGGCAUCCCCUCACCCCAUAGCUUCCCAACUUGAAACCCAGAUUUACCUCCAGGGAGAGGUGAGAAAAAAUUGUAAAUAGACUUGCUACAGAGCAACUCAGGGUUGGGGUGUGUUUUAUUUCUCCUGAUCACUUGAAAUAAUCUGUAGGCUUAUGGGAGUGGGGGAGAAGUGUGACUCCAGGGUCCUUCCCUUCUUCGAAGCUCUGGGGGUGGAGUAUAGGGCAUCUGAGGCCCUUUGAUCGCACUACACUGAGCUGUCUGUCCUUCUGGAAACCCAACCUACAAUCAACUGCAAAUCAGAUUCUUCACAUUCCAGUUGUAGUCUUUCUUUCCCUGUUGAAUCUCAGUCCCUGGCUAUGUGGUCAAGAUGGCUUUCUGUAAACCACCCUAAUUUAGGGAAUAGAGGCAUUACAACUCUGCCUUCAGAACCCAUUUCUUAAAAGCAAAAGGAAACAAAACUACAACCACCCUCAAAACACAUACAAAAAAAAGGGUAACUGUUUAACCGAAGGAAGGGUUUGGUUCCAUUCAACUCCACGUUCAUCGUGCCUUUACUUGUGUUAGAUUUCUGUGCUUUCUUCCUCUCUCCCUCUUUGAAGCAAUUAAAAUCUUCCUUAAUAACUGCUGUUUCCUUCUUUCUACUCAUUUCCGACAACCUAGUGGGUUCCCUCGUUAAUUGUCUUAAACCUCAUUCCCCUGGUGGCAGAGGGGUUGUUGGGCCUUCUUUUCUCGUGUCUAACCUUUGUCCUUCCCCACGGUGACCAGCGUGGAAGGCAUAGUUAACACUGAAUAAAAGACUAGAGUGA